UCAUGGGGCCCCCGGGCAAUAGGGGAUCAUGGGGCCCCUGUGUCCUUGCCCAAACUCAAAAAAGCCUAUGAAAAAAGUACCAGGGGCAUCUCAUGGGGCCCCCUACUGACCCCGGGCCCUUGGGCAGUGCCCGAGUUUCCAAAUGGUCAGUCUGCCCGUGUGUGGCCCCCUACUGACCCCGGGCCUCCAAAUGGUCAGUCCGCCCCUGGGAGAGUGCAUGUGAUCAGCCCAGGGCCAAUCAGCACUGUCCAGACAGAGGUCAGGGAUCCUGCUACCUCCUACAGCAGAAUGAAAACUCCUUCUACAAGAUUAACCAGUGCUCGGCUGGACACUGAUAGAAGUCACAAGACUGCUCUAACU